AGUCAAAGCCACAAACUUCCCAAAAAAAAAAAAAGACAGCUGUAACCAAAGACUUGGAAAAGUUUCACUCUCCAAGAAAACCCGAAGAAAGAGAUUAAGCUUGCAAACUUGUAACAAAAGGCUGCAACUUAGGGAUCUACCCAAAGCUCCAAAUUUUAAGCUGCUUUGUAUUUUGACGUCGGUUGAUGGAUAUGUGCAUCUGGUCUUAUGUUUUUGUUGCGAUUUGAAGUGUUCCCUUCCUUUGAUGCUUGUUUCAAAAGAUUGCGUCUUUGGAAACUGUGGGUUUUUUAGAUUUUUUCUUGCUUUGGUCUUAGAUUUUUAGAUUAAAUUUGAUCUGUUUCGUUGUUCUUUGUGAUUUUUAUGUCCUUUCCUUUGAUGGGUACUCUUUGAAGUUUCCAUUUUUAUGAAUUUAUUGAUUCAAUAGCUUGAACUUCUGAUCCAGGCAAGUAUCAGUGUUGGAUUUUUCAAUCUGAUGGGUUGUGUUUAAUUGGGGUUUACAAGGCAGUUUAAGCAGUUUGGGGGUUCAAUUCUUUGUGUUUGAAUAUAGAGAGUUUGAGUUGCAGAAACAGGUGUUGGCUGAGUUUCUUUUUGAGUUGUUGUGGUUUUGCUUAUGCCCAUGGGGGAUUGUGAAUCUGUGGCUCCACAAUUAGAAGGAGAGGAAAAUUUAAUUGCUGCGGCCAAACAUAUAGUGAAAGCACUGGGUUCUAAUAAAAUCCUUACAAAAGAUGUGAAGAAAAUCUUGGCAGAUCUUGGUAGCCAAUUAUCUAGCAUGGCUACAAUUGAGGAUAACAUUGUUGAGGAUGGUAAAAUUGGGAUCGAAGAGCAGUUGAGUUUUGUUCAGGAAAAGAUUAUGAUUUGGGAGGCAGAUGAGUCUAUGAUUUGGGAUUCAGGUCCAGAUGAAGCUGUCAAAUAUCUGAAUGCUGUAGAUGAAGCUCGAAAGUUGACUGAGAGAUUAGAAAAUCAGUGUUUAAAUAGUGAAGAAGACAAAGGGUUUUUACGUAGGGCUCAUGAUGUUCUUCAGAUAGCAAUGCAAAGGCUUGAGGAAGAGUUUAAGCACAUGCUGGCUCAGCAUAGGCAACCCUUUGAGCCUGAGCAUAUGUCUUUUCGUUCGAGUGAGGAUGAUGCUGUCGAUGAGGGCUCAAUAGUUUCUUUUGGAGAUGACUCUAUUGAGGAGUCAACCCUUAGAGAUAGCAUCAGCAGAAACUCAGAGGAGUAUAUCAUUGAUUUGGUUCAUCCAGAUGUGAUUCCUGACCUCAAAUGCAUUGCCAAUUUGAUGUUUUUGUCAAAUUAUGAUCAUGAGUGUUGCCAGGCCUACGUCAUUGUUCGAAAGGAUGCAUUGGAUGAGUGCCUCUUCAAUCUUGAAAUGGAGAAAUUGAGCAUUGAAGACGUGCUCAAGAUGGAGUGGCAUACCGUGAAUUCCAAAAUGAAGAGAUGGGUGAGAGCUAUGAAGGUCUUUGUGCGGCCCUAUCUUUCCAGCGAGAAGUGGCUCUGCGACCAGAUUUUUGCAGAGGUUGGAUCAGUUAAUUUGGUAUGUUUUGUUGAGGCGGCAAAGUCUUCAAUGCUGCAGCUUCUGAACUUUGCUGAGGCCAUCUCAAUCAGCCCUCAUCAACCAGAAAAGCUAGUACGAAUUCUAGACAUGUAUGAGGUGCUUGCAGAUCAUCUUCCUGACAUUGAUGCUUUGUUUUUGGAUGAAGCUGGUUCUUCUGUUAGGAUUGAGUAUCAUGAGGUUUUAAAGAGAUUGGGUGAUUCUGUAAGGGCAACAUUUCUUGAAUUUGAGAAUGCCAUUGCAUCAAACACAUCAACAAGCCCUUUUGCAGGAGGGGGAAUUCACCAUCUGACCAGAUAUGUUAUGAAUUACAUUCGACUUCUUGCAGACUAUGACGAUACCCUGAAUUUACUCCUCAAGCACAAGGAUGGAGCAGCUGCUACCCCAGUCUCCUCCGACAUAAGUCCAGCCACAGAGGAGGAAAGCAUGAGUAAAGAUUUCUCGGGCAGUUGUUCCCCAGUGGCACUCCACCUCCAAUCACUCACUUCUAUUCUGGAAGCCAACCUCUAUGAGAAAUCCAAAUUAUAUAGGGAUGCUUCCUUGCAACACUUCUUUUUGAUGAACAAUAUACAUUACAUGGCUCAAAAGGUUAAAAAUUCAGAACUCAGGCUCCUAUUUGGAGAUAAGUGGAUUCGAAAGCACAACUGGAAAUUCCAACAGCACGCAAUGGAUUAUGAGAGAGCUACUUGGAGUACAAUUCUCUCUUUAUUGAAGGAUGAGAGCAAUUCCAGCACAAGUUCUAUCUCAAAGACACUUCUCAAGGAGAGAUUACGGAGUUUUUAUGUUGCUUUUGAAGAGGUUUAUAAAACACAGACGGCAUGGCUUAUCCCAGAUGUUCAGCUUCGAGAAGAUUUACGAAUUUCAACAUCCCUGAAAGUGAUCCAGGCAUAUCGGACGUUUGUUGGAAGACAAAUGCACCACAUUGGUGAGAAACACAUCAAGUACAAUGCUGAAGAUCUGCAGGAUUACUUGUUAGACCUCUUUGAUGGAUCCCAAAAAUCGUUGCAUAAUCCCCAUAAGAGGUGAAAUUAUGAUAGCAAAGUAGGUACAUACACGUCUGUAUCUUUUAAUGAUGAAAGGCUUCUGUUUUGUUUGUAGCUUUUUACUUUGAUCAAUAAACAGGUGGAUUAAGACAAUCCCCACCUGUUAAAAGUUUCUCUCUCAGUUAGCUUCCAAAUAUUGAACUGAUUGAAGCGAAAAUGAUGAAGUAUUUGUAAUGUCAUUCUUGUAAUGAUAAAAUUAAAUUGGAGUCUGGAAUUA